AGCGGCAGUUUCAGCGGUUGUACUUUUGAAAACCUACCGUUUAAACGCACGCACGUACACACACAGACACAGACAGACACACCGCCCGCGCCCCCGCCCCCCACCGACCGCACUUCACCUCACCUCUCACCAUGCGAGAAACAACCGAAAGAGCAGCCACACCGUAGUAGUACGACGACGACGGCGGAGGAGGAGGAGGAUUUGCCAUCCUCAACUUUUUUUAAAUUUGAACUUUCUGAUGGUCUUUUAGCCAAAUUUACGAGUUGUCCAGAGGAUUUCACAAGCAGCACAGCAGUUGGGAUGUUGCGACAGAACGUCGGAAGCAAUAAACGUGGUUUGGGCCUUACCCGUUUCUCCAGUUCAAAUUUCUUUGCCUUGCCCAGCUCGGGAAACAGGAGCAUGGGCCGAAGUGCCAAAAGCGGCUCUGUUAGCAGCAGCAUCUCCCAUUCAGAUUGUUAUGAUAGCCCAAUGGUGGACCCAGAACACAUUAUGCAGUUGGUGAAUGAUGUCAGGAAGUUUUCAGAAGUACUGGCAAAUUUGAAAGAAGCCUUUCUUUCAGAAGCAAAUAAAGUUUCUUUACAUUCUGUGGCCCAUGAACGUUUAGGAGAGCUAUUAAGAGUAUUAAAAGCAGUGAUUAGCAAACACCAGUCAUUGAAUUCUGUGGACAUUCUAAGUGCAACAGGGACAGUCAUUUCUAAAGUAAAAGGUGCAAACUACAAUGAAGUGAAUGAUGACAGAAGAGAACAUUUUGGUGAUAUAUUUGCUUCUAUCGACACGUUAGCAUUCACCUUUGGUAAUGUCAUCUCAAACUUCCUUAUGGGAGAUAUGGACAACUCCUCAUCCUUGGGAGUCCCACUGACUGGGAGAAGCCGGUCUUUUGAAAACCUGUCCUUGGGAUCUGGAGGGUCAGUUCAAGAAAGAGAUGAUCUACGGAGUACAGGGACUCUUCGAGCAGAAGAUCUUGACAACAUGUUGUUAAAAAUUGAUAGUGGAAUAGAAUCGGCUCUAAUUUACACAAAAACCUGGUCAAAAUAUACCAAAGAUGUUCUGGCCUGGUUAGAAAAAAGGCUCAACCUGGAUGUGGAAUAUGCAAGAAACUUUUCAAAACUGGCUGAAUCUGCUAAAACAUCUAUCAGCCAACCGGAACAUAUGCCAUUUCAAUCAGUUUACAUCUCUGCCUUUGAAUAUGAUGUUGAAUAUAGUCAGCUUCUGCUUCAAACAGGAGCAGCACUCCAAACAAACAAAUUUAUUCAGCCUCUUUUGUUGCGAAGAAACGAACUGGACAAACAACGUAAAGAAAUCAAAGAACAGUGGCAACGAGAGCAAAGAAAAAUGCAAGAAGCAGACUCAACCCUUAAAAAAGCAAGACUAUUACACGUUCAGCGACGAGAAGAAUAUGAGAAGGCAAAAUCUUCCACAAUCCGAGCAGAAGAAGAUUUGACCUUAAAUGGUGGACAAGUUGGAAAUUAUAACCGGCAAAUUGAAAAAAAGAAAAAACUGGAAGAAGAAGCUUUACAAAAAGCUGAUGAAGCUGGAGAGCAUUACAAAACGUGCAUAUCUGAUGCCAAUGAAAAACGAAGCGAGUUGGAGGAAGUCAAAAGUGACAUACUGACACAACUACGUGAACUAGUCUAUCAAUGUGAUCUCACUUUGAAAUCAGUGACUGUCAACUUGUUCCAAAUGCAGCAUGCCAAAGUGGUAUCCCUUCCUGUUAACUAUCAAUCUCUUUGUGAAAAUACCAAGUUGUAUGAACCAGGGCAACAGUAUUCCGAAUUUGUCAAGAGCCUACCAAAAGAGGAAGUUCCUAUGGGACAAUACUUAUUUGAGUCUUCUGUUCCAUCAGCUGGAGGGCUUACUAAAAGAACAACAAGUAGUACCCAUUCAUCACAAGGAAACUUGUCACAAACUUCAGGCACAUCAGGAGAUCUUAAUUUUCAACCGACUGAUGUUGAUGGCCUCUUUCAUGUUAGGCAGGACAAUAUCAAAGAGAAGCGGUCAAAUAGCAGCAAUGAUAUACAAGUACUUCGGGGUCAGGGCCCAUUUAGAGCUUGGCCCAUGGGUAUCCAGGGGAGUGGCAUGUGCAGUGAUUCAGAAAGUGCCGGUGGAAGUAGUGAAUCACGCUCCAUGGAUUCUCCCUCUGCCAGCCCAGGUGAUUUUAAACGAAGGUUGCCCCGAACUCCCUCAACAGGCACAAUGUCUUCUGCAGAUGACUUGGAUGAAAGAGAGCCACCCUCACCCUCAGACCCUGGCCUAAAUGACAUUGUAGCAGAGAUGCCAAAUUCUCCAGGGCCUUUUCGUAAUACUCUCAUGUCCAAGGCAGCACAAACACACAAGCUGCGAAAGUUACGGGCACCAUCAAAGUGUAGAGAAUGUGACAGCCUUGUUGUAUUCCAUGGAGCUGAGUGUGAAGAGUGUACAUUAGCUUGCCACAAAAAGUGUCUCGAGACUCUGGCUAUUCAAUGUGGCCAUAAGAAACUCCUAGGUCGACUACACUUGUUUGGGGUAGAUUUUACUCAAACUGCAAAAAAUUCUUCUGAUGGAAUUCCUUUCAUUAUUAAAAAAUGCACUUCCGAGAUUGAAAGCCGAGCCCUGAACAUAAAGGGUAUUUAUCGUGUGAAUGGAGCAAAAUCAAGAGUUGAAAAGUUGUGCCAGGCUUUUGAAAAUGGGAAGGAUUUAGUAGAACUUUCUGAUUUAUAUGCUCAUGAUAUCAGCAAUGUACUCAAACUAUAUCUCCGCCAGCUGCCGGAACCAUUGAUUUCAUUCCGCCUUUACAAUGAAUUCAUUGGCUUGGCCAAGGAAAGCCACAAUAUUAGUGAUGAAGAUAAUGGGAAACUGAACAGUCCAAAUUCAGAGAAAAGGUGGUUAACUAACGUAGUUAGAAUUGUUUUCAGAGUGAAAGAUCUACUUCGACAACUGCCACGGAUCAACUACAAGACUCUGCAAUACCUCAUAGAUCAUCUUCACAAGGUGGCAGAGCAAGCUGAAGAGAAUAAAAUGUCAGCUAGCAACCUCGGGAUUAUUUUUGGGCCCACUCUUCUUCGACCAAGACAGACCGAUGCUACUGUGUCAUUGUCUUCUCUUGUUGAUUAUCCAUAUCAGGCUCAAACAGUGGAGCUUCUCAUAACCUACUAUGAUAAAAUAUUUCUUUCUUCAUCAACUCCAUCAUCUCCUUUACAAAAGGGAUAUCCAUCAGUUGAUGAGAAAGACAAAAAUAUGGCCGAAGAAGGGUUAUCUGAAAAUGAAAGACUACAAUCAACUAGCAAAGUAAGCUUUGGGUUGGCUGGAAGUGAGUGUGAUUCUCCAGAAAUGGCAUCUUCCAGUGAGACCUUCGAUGUGGUAAAAGGUCUCAAAUGGAAUGCAAAAGAUGGUGCAUCAGGUCCAGUGAUCACACAGAUUUCAGAGAAACCUGUUGGACUGUUGAACUUACAAAGUGCACAAAUUUCAGAAGCACAGAAGUCAAACAAGUCAUCGCUAAUUAACAAAACUAGUAAAUCGCAUGUUAAAGUCAACAUGCGGCCUCCCAGGACAAAGCCAUUUAUGCCUCGGCCUACAAGCUUACCAGUUUCUGAAUCUGUGAUUUCUUACUCAAAUGACAAAAAUUCAAAAGGGCUGUGUAACAUAGACAGCAUUGAAAGGAGUCCUAUUAUUGAGGAAGCCUCUGAGUUGAAAAGUCAUACCAACAAUACAAGCACGUGUAGGCAUUCAUAUUAUGAUACUCAGUCGAUGCGUAGGACUUGGGAUAAACAGUAUAAAUGUUAUGACAUAACUCAAAAGACAGCUAUGAUUGUGGCAAAUGUUCCUCCAGAAAAAAAAACCAGUGACCUUUCUUUUUCACCACCUUUAGCCUAUACUUCUGGCAAUGCCUUUGCAAGCAGUUUGCAUCCUAAUAAGCUACAUACAGUGCCUGGUAGGCCUGUAAGGACCACAAAGAUUGAUGGGAACGUAUCUGAGACUGUUUUUGCAUUCCGUGCUCCAAGAACCUUGCAGCCUCCACCUGGCACUUUUUACAUACCUCCUACCAUCAAGCAGAGUGUAGACUCUUUGUCUAAAACUCUAACAAAAUUAGACAGUAGUUUUACGUCUGUGCAGGGUAAUACUGGGACAGUAAUUCCUGUAAAGGAAAAUGAAAAGUGCAGCAACGUAGAUAAGGAAAUCGAGACUGCACAAAAUACAGCACAAGAAGAGGUUGAAGUAGAGCAUAAGCCAGCAUUUCAAAGACUGCGAUCAAAACGAAUUCCACCAGAAUAUGAACACCGAGAGGCACAUUUUGUGUAGCAGCAAAUUACCUGAACGUUAGAGAAGUGUAACUGACUGUUUUAGUAUCCCAAGUUUCUGUUUUAAUACAAUUAUAAAGUUUUAUUUUUCUAUGAGGAAAGAGCGCCAUAACAAAUACAAUUUGAAAUACAAGAAGUAGAACAGUGUCUGCAUAUUUACACAGUAAAGGUGCAGCUUGAAGUAAAUUAGUUCAAAUAUCUCAAGAGCAGACACAUGGGUAUUUUUGAUUUAUUUUAUAUUUUAGAAGCCAUCAGAGUUUAUUAGCAAAAGACGGAGGGUUGGAUUAGAACUCUGGUACAAUUUUAUAUUAAUUUCCCAUAACUUGCUUUUAUGUCCUGAUGUAAUGGACACAUUUUGAGAAUUUUUUACUUUGUAGGUUGGGAUAAUUGCAUUAUCUCAAGGCUUUGUGGCUAUAGUUUUUUUAAACACUUCUUAGAAAUAAAGCUUUAGUGGGGAAAAAAUAUAUUGGCUUUACACCCUCAAUUGCCAUUCUUAGUUGUGCAAUCAAAGCUUGCUGUAUCAGUCUUUUCAAACAUGCACAAAUGCUACAAGGCAUGCUGUUGCCCAAAACCAUGGAAAUUAUUCCUAUUAAUGUUGUUUUGUCACAUGUUUUCAAGCCAAGAUGAAUUUUUAAAGGUUGUACCUUGUAGCCUUUAUUUGUUACUUUUGUAUUAUGGUCAGUGACCAAAAUGAUGCACACUUUAAGGUUUCUGUCUCUUAAAAUGUGAAUUAGAAAUUCAUUGCCUUUAAUUUGUGCAUAUGUUGAUUAUUUAUGUUUUGUUACAUGUAUACGUUUCUUACAUAAUUUUGUACACAAGAUACACUAAGAUAUGUUAAAGCAAAUAUAUUAAUUCUUAUACAUCAAUUAUAAUGCGUUCAAAGAAACUUCUUAACUUUUGGAAAGCGUUCUUAUGUAAUUUAUUAAAGUUUAGGUUUAUAUUUGUUUGUAUGUGUAUAUGUAAAAUAUAUAUAUAUUGGUAUUCCAUACAAGUUAAUGAUUACUAUCCAAAUAUGAAUAAUUAUGUACUCUUUCAUGUUGUGUUUUUGUACUAGUAAUUCUUUUCAGUGAAUUACUUCAUCCUUGGGGAAUUUCCUGACAGGUAUAAAUGAACAGUGAGCGACAUCAGUAUUUGUUAUAACUAUAUUAAAAAUAUUUGUAGGUUUGGCCAUUUACAUCUGUGUUGUACAUUUAUAGGAAGUUUCACCAAUGCCACUGUUUUAUUUUUUUUCUUUUGUAAUUAAGAUCCACUGUUUAAUUUAUGAAGGUCUUGAAUGAAAGAAUAGUAAGAACAUGCUUUGGUUGACAUUGUUUAUUCUUUGUAGUUUUACAGUGAGGGUAAACUGUAUAAUAUUUUGUUUGUAUUUAGGAAGUUUAUUUGGAGAUGCAAAAUGUCACUAAUACUGACUGUUUAAGAUCUAGUUGUCCUGUAUCCUACUGUUAUCCUAUUGUACCCAACUGUUAUCUUACAGAAUUGCCAAACUGGUUAUUUUGAACCGUAGCCUUUUUGUAUGGCACUAAAUUGUAAUAAAUAUUGUACAUUUUA